AUGGAAAACACUGGUGGAACGAACGGCGCGGGAGCGACUGUUGCAGGCUGGUACAUACUUGGGGAUAAUCAGGAGUCUCUAGGGCCGUAUACACUCUCGGAGCUGCAAGGUGAGUCGACUGAUCCUUGUUGCAGGUUUUUGUUUAUUUUCCUCGAGGAUCAGCACUUUUUCUUGUAGGUGAAAUGGGGCGUACCGGUGUCUGACCUCAUUUAUGUAUUUUAGCUAGUUGCUUUCCUACUUUACUGGAUGAUCCAGUUGGAUUUCCAAGGAAUUUCUUCGUGUUAGAAGCUCUGGGAAUUUGAAUCUAUAUAGAACUGUAUACAUUAGAAAUAUAUCAACGUUGAUCUGGGAUCGAGCUCCACUACGGGAAACUGACUGUUUUGCCUCUGAUCCUGGCUUAACACCAUUAAUCUUGACUGUACCCAAUUUAAAUAAAUGUUCUUAUUAUCAUGCGAUCAGCUUGGGUAUGAUUCCAAAAGAACGUUAAAGAUAGAUACAAGGUUGCUGGACGAAAUCUUUUCUUUCUACUGAUAUUUCUUGGUCUGAACCACUGCAUUUGUCAUCAUGGUCGUUCUUUUUAAUGGUUAAAUUAUAAUCUUUAUUUUCGUCCUCCGCUUGCAAACUUUCAUUUUUUAAAAAAUUAUCUUAGUUUUUCUUUCCUCCCGCUUCUGCUCGUACAGGCAUUGUGCUUUAUGGGCACUGCCCCCUGUGGAUCAUAUCAAAAGCUUCCUUACUUAUCUACUCAAAGAAGAUGUGAAAUCAACGGCUUAACACUAUUCCCUUUGUAUGAACAGUGCAUUUCUCCAAUGGGUACAUAUCCGAGAGCACUCUGCUGUGGUGUGAAGGAAGUAGCGAAUGGCAACCACUGUCCACUGUUGUCGAGUUGUCUACUGUAACACAUGUGCAUGCAGGAGAUUAUUCUGAUUCAGGUGAAAAUCUCUUCCCUACCAACUACACUGUGGUUCAUUACUCAUGGAUAAGAGUGUUAUUUGUGGAGAGAUAUAAGGCAACGACUAUGUGCUGGACAGUGACCUUGAAAUACGGUUUUUUAGCAGGUCCAGCUACUGGUUUCGAUGCUAAUGGAGAUGUGAAGCCACCAGAAGCGGAAGAAGACAGAGAUGAGAGACCCACUACUCCUCCAGAUGGAGAACAAGAGUUUACAGAUGAUGAUGGAACUACCUACAAGUGGGAUCGUGGUCUUAGAGCAUGGGUUCCACAGGUAGGUAUUUUGAUUAUGUACUCCAUUUCCUUUCAGCCUUCCUCUAAAACCAAAUAAUACGCUUUUAAUUGUUGUUCUGCACACCAAAGCACUGUUCGGCACCUAACACUCAGUUGUGAAAAUUGAAGUUAGAUCUUACCGACUCAGAAUCCUUAGCUCCACUUAUACAAUAUAAUGAAUUGUUUAUAUUUUGUUUGCAUCUUCUUUUCUGAUUCCUUUCACUUGGGUUUCAAAUCCCCUCCACCCAAGAUUAAUAUUCAUUUGAAGCAAUGCGAUACUAUAUGUACUCAUGUGCUUCAAUUUCUGUUUUUUUUUAUGCUGGACAUCCGUUUUGUAUUAUAUUUUCUCAAGAUAUUUUCAGAGCUACUUCCAUGUGCAUUCACUUGGACAUGUGAAAAUAUUUGAACUCUCCAUGUUGCUUUCGUCUAUCUGCUUAUUUUAUAUAUUCUGAUAUAAUUCUGAAUUAUGUGUAUUUUCUGAAUAGGAGUAUACUUCAUCUUGUGUAACUGGCCAUUUUAUAUCCACGUGUUUAUCAUACCCUUGCAGUACCAAUCGUCAGUUUUCGUGAUGCACAAUACCGCAGUUUUUUUUUUUUGUAACAUGCUGGGCAUCCGUUCAACAUGUUAUUUAUGCCUUUCUUUUCUGCAGGAUGACCCAAUAAACAAAAGUGGUCUUUAUCCUGUGGAAGAAAUGACAUAUGCAUAUGAGGAGGAGGUCUUUCCUGCUUUAAGUGUAUCCGAGACAGCUUUAGUUGAGGAGACAAGUACUUCAGCUGAGAAUGUGCGGAAAAAACCGGACCAAAAGCGCAAGUCGCCUGAUAAACCAGCUGAAAAAAAGGUACAAUUCCUAUAUUUUUCUCUUAUUAGGUUCAUGGUAGUUUGUUCCUUGAGAGAUCAUGUUGUUUGUUUUGAGAAACAAGGUCGAGUACACCUCGAUAUUAGGGUUUAUCUAUGCUGAGACCUUUUUACUUCUAUUAUUUUUUCAUCUUAUACAAUUUAUUGGAUGGAAUAUCUAGGUUAAAGUGGGUUGCAUCUUUAGCAAGAAAAUGAACUUUUAUGGCAGUAUUGAAACUAUUACAUGUAUUUUCAAACAUUUCUUCUUUCUUUUUCCACUUCACUCAUGCAGUUCCUAUUAACUUUGGGGUUUUUUUUCUGUCACGAAAUAAUAUUUCCUCUUCAUGUGAAUCAAAAUCGUGAUCAAAUUUUUUUUUAUAUUUUUUAUUUAGGUAUACUCUUAACUUGUUUGAGCUCAUUUAUUUACAGGAAGGAAAUAAGCCCCCAGAAAGUUGGUUCGACUUGAAAGUUAAUACCCAUGUGUAUGUGACUGGAUUACCUGAUGAUGUGACUGCGGACGAAGUAAGUACAGGCUUAAUGGUUUGGAAGUUUACGUUUCAUUCACUCUUAACAAUUGCACUGGUCAGAAAUUGUGUUUCACACUGGCCUAAUUUUUUUUCAUUUUCAACUCGUUCUCAUUGUUCGUUGCGCUCAGACGAUUUCUCUGUGUAGUAGUCUGUGGAACCAAUUCCACCAUUGUUAAAAUGUUAGUCCAAUCUUCACAAACGCCACACAGCGAAGCCAGAUUCACAAAAAAUAUUACACUUUGAUUGAGAAUAUUUCCAACGUAAAAACCACGCGAUCUGCCUGUCUCUUAGUAUUAUUAUUAUAUUAUUUUGCCUACACAUUUAAUCGCCUGAAUGUUUUAAUCUGUGCAUAUGUUUCAGAUGAUAGAAGUAUUCUCGAAAUGUGGCAUUAUAAAGGAGGUAAUAUAUAUCCCAUGCUUUUUUUUUGUAUUUACAUAUUACAUGUUUUGUGAAUCAAACUCGGAAAGUUUGUCUUCAGUUCAUGUGUUCAUGCCAUUGUGGAUAUGAUCUAUAUAUUUUUGGAAAUGAGUAAUAUUAUAGUGUAAUAAUUUUAGUGUGAUUGAUGCAAAUUGUAAUUUUUUUCUGCAAAAUAUUUGAUCUUGUAAAUAUAAUCGAAUUCCACGUUUAAACAAUGUCUUUAUGUAGUGGACUACCUCUCAAACUUAAAAAAUCAAAGAUUAAUGAGUGAAGUAAUCUCAUAUAUUUGACUUUCUAUUUCAACUUGAGCUCUUCUAAUACCAUGUCUAUUUUUUUUAUUUGCCACACGGACAAUGCAAACAGGGCACACAUCUUGGGAAUGAUGUAAUGUUAAAUAAUCAGGUUCCAACUGAAAGUAAAUUACUAGUUAUUAGAGGAGAUAUAUUUGACCACAAUACUUAUCCCUUUCAAUAUGGGACUCUUCUAAAAGCUUUUUGCACAAAAAAAUUGUCCGUAAAAUUUUCUAAUCUGUGCUCCUUAGACCAUUCAUGAUAAAUUGGGGAUCCCUCUUGGCAGUCUUAUUCACUGUUUGGACGACCUCUAGGAAAAAAAAUUGAAGAUUGACUAGGUUUUUCACUUAAUCAGUUGACAUUAUUGUCUCUUAUGGUUUCACAGUGGUACAUCUUUUGUGCAUUUUCUUAUGUAGAAGUACUAUUCCGAUGGCGUUGUGUAACUUACUAACCUAUUGAGACAUUUGUGAUCUGAACAACAAAGGCAAAUGCAUUUUUGUGCCCUCUUUGAACAACAUAUGUGUCACUUUUUUAAUUAGUGACAUUAUUGAGUAGAUUGGAUGAGGAUUGUCGUAUCUCUGGAUACUUGGAAGAAGAGAAUCAAUGCAUCUUUGUGUUGAUGGGAUUGUGGUGUUCAGCUCAUAUGGUUUAUUUCCAGAAAAAGAUCACUUACAAUCUUCCUGAAAUGCCUCUAUGCCUUUUUUUGAAGUCGAGAAGAGUAUAUGUAUAAAUCAAGGUUGCGAAGUUCAAGCUAAUGGAUAUCGGGGAGGAAAUCAAUAGUAUAGCCCAUGGAGAUAGUCUAGAAGAUAAGGCAAGGGUACAUAUUUCAUCUGGGCGUGUGAUGACUUUAGGAGAAUAUAUUCCGUUCUUUUGUUCCUUGUACUCUUUUUCGUUUGUUUCUCCCACCACUCAACCUUUAACUAAAAAAAAUUCAAAAUCCAAGAUAAGAUCUAUUCCCUGACAGUGGGAGUUUGUUAGUAUGAUUUCGGGAUGUUUUAUAUUUUCAUGCGUUCUUUCAUAAUUGCAUUUUGAAUUAGCUGCAUGUUUUCAUUUUCCGAGAUCAAGAUGAUAGUUUUGGCAUUUCGUGAUGUCUUUUAGAUUUGGGAAUAUUCUGGUGGUUACAAGUGUGUUUUCUGCUGUUAUUCUCAUUAGGAUCCGGAAACUAAAAAGCCUAGGGUGAAGAUUUAUGUUGAUAAGGAAACAGGUAGAAAGAAAGGAGAUGCACUUGUAUCAUAUUUAAAGGUAAAUUCUUGGAUUACGCGAAAAUGCUUCCCUGGCACAUGCAGGAAGAGAAAAUUCGAACGGUAAUAUGCUUAUUUUGAACGUCUUUUAUGCUGUAUAAUUCAGGAGCCUUCAGUUGCCUUGGCUAUCCAACUUUUGGAUGGAACUCCACUUCGUCCUGGUGGAAAGAUUCCUAUGUCCGUAAGCCUGGCCAAAUUUGAGCAAAAAGGUCAUUUUAUUUCUUAUUAACUACAGUUCCUAGACUUGGAAGAAGACGUUGAUUGUUCACUGCAGUUUACUUCUUUCCUGUAGUCCUAUCUGUCAAUAUUCUAAUUAUGGUGUGAAAUAUGUUAGGCUGUCUAACCUGUCAUUACUAAUAAAAUGGUAGCUUUUUUGUUUCGGCUUUAAAUUCCUUCUCUGCAUCUCAUCACAUUGUGAUAUUGUGUUUUUAUUCUGUGAUGCUCUCUCGUGCAGGAGAGAAAUUCAUUGCGAAGAAAACAGAUAAGAACAAGAAAAGGAAACUGAAGAGAGUUGAGGAGAAGAUUCUUGGAUGGGGUGAUUCCUGAAACAAAUGUUCUUUUUUAUAUAAAAAAACCCUCAGUUUCCCCUUGUAUGCCUGUAUUUUAGUGCUUUAACCCAUUGGAAUUCAGGCAAUUUCUAUUUGGCUGAAUCCGGUUCUAACCUAUGCAUGUGGCAAUCUCUGAGGAAACCACCUGUGUGAGGGAUUGUUACCCUUUCACUUCUGACAUGCUGCUCCGUUUUUCUCUGCUAACAUCAAUCCUGUCCAUUCAUUCCUUUUUUGGCUUAUGAAAUGAAGGAUUUUGUUUUGGGAAUAAUUUUAAUGGGCCUGUGAGCCAUUUAGUACGUAACAAGUAAUUUUGGAGUCAGAAAAUUGCAUUUAGAAAUAAGGGCCCCAUGUUGCUACUCUGACAAGACUCAUAUUUACCAUGCAGCGACUCCUUUUCAAUGCAAAAGUAGAUUUAUCUACUUGAUAAUUCCAAGAAUAACCUAUCCCAUACCUUUAUGCCAAUUUCAGCUUUUCAUCUCAUGCGAGCCUUUUUUUUCAUUUUUUUUUUUAUUCUUAUUGGGUAAAAUUCUAUGUUAUUCAUGUAAGUGCUCUAAAAUACAUAUUGCCCUUAUGCAACAUUGAAACUUUCUAAUUAUAGGAGGCCAUGACGAAGCCAAAGUCUUGAUUCAAGCAACUAUCGUUCUUCGUAACAUGUUUACGCCUGCUGAAUUGAGGGUAUGUUCUCUGCUGCUAUCCGAUGUCCAUACCUUGCAGCAGUGACGAUCAUUUUAUUUAUUUUUGUAUUUCCUUAUUUUGGGUUUUGAUAGAUUGAGAAGCUACUGAGUGUGGUGUUCAUCGUGUGCUUAUGUUUACAGGAUGAUGACACCCUUCUCCCUGAGUUGGAGGCCGACAUAAGGGAGGAAUGUAGCAAGCUUGGUCCAGUCGACUCUGUGAAAGUGAGUCGGCACGCAGUUCUUUAUUUGGGAAAGUUACCUUGCUGUAUGAGUUUCUAGUUCUUAUGUUCUUAAAAACCAGUUGAUUUCUUCUGGGGAAUAUGGACAACCCAUAAAAGUCCAGUAUGGCUUGCAGAAUGCGAAACAUUGUCACCGUGAUCGGAGAAAGAUGCCUCUACCAAUUAUUUUUUAUAUAUAUGCUUACUGUUAUUUUCAUCUUGUAGUAGAAGCUGAUUUUCCUGUGGUUCAACCGUCUAGUUGUGUUCUCUAGGAUAACCAGACUAUCAUCAGUUUGACUUUUUUAUACCCAAAAGAAACCGAUGUUCUUAAUUCACACAAUCCGCAAGCAAAACUUGCAAAUCGUUUGCAAAAGUGUAGAUUGCCGAUUCAAGUGCGUGGCUCAAAUUUCUAGUCAACUCCAAAGUCCACACUGUCUUUCUCCUGUCUCCACCCUCAUCAAUCUUUUGUCAAUGUUCAUAUACAUGAAGAUUGGAGAAUGAUAUCGAUGGAGUUGUGUUUACAAUCUGGGUUCUGGUCCUCAUUACCUAAUCCAGUUAAUUAUUUCGAAACAGCAGAUUUUUUUUGAUAGAAAAAUCCCUAUUUUAAAUCUCUAAAAUCUGAUCUGGGUUGACUCCUCCUGCCCUUUCCUCUAGUCAAUGUGUAGAACACAGCUUACAUCGCAACAUGCUGGGUGUUUUCUUUUCCUCAUCUUGCCGUUGCUUGAAGCAUUUAGAACUUUUGGGCACCCUUUUUCCAUGAGAAAAAGGUGCUUCUUUUAAACAACAAUCUUCAUAUGAUUCUUUCGGUCUUUACCACAUUAGAUCUGACUUCCAUUUCAGGUCUGUGAAAACCACCCACAGGGCGUCGUUCUGGUGAAGUUCAAGGACCGCAAGGAUGCCCUCAAAUGCAUUGACCUGAUGAACGGAAGAUGGUAAUUCCUUGCGUUGACUUCCUUCUAGAUUCUUCCAAUUCUAAGGGCUCUAUAAAAAAUAAAAAUAAAAAAGAAAAAAAGAAAAAAUCUGCUCAGAUUUGCCCUCUAAUCUCCAGCAGUUCCGGAACCUCACCCCCUCCUCCUCCCCUGUUCUUCCUUCCACCUCCUUCUGUUCAUCUUUGGAACUCCAACCGGACUGUGAGCUCUGAAGAUCUUCCGAGUUGUGUGUGCCUCCCUCACUUGGUCGAUGAAUCGGCAUAUCCUGCAACCACCAGCCAUCUCAACGGUCAUCUAGAUCUGGGUUCAUCUCCCCCAUUACAUCAUUGGGCAGUCCGCCAGUGAUCAAACCACCCUGGCAAUGUGAUAGGAGAAGAAGGGGGAUUGUGAUGACCGUUGAGGUGGCUGGUGCUUGCAGUGAGGAAGCGUGGAACACAGAAAAUCUACACACAGGAGGAGCCUCUGGAUCUAGAUGACCGUUGAAACCUCUGGAUGAGUGUCACCACCAUCGCCCACACUAUCCCGAUCAGAGAAGAAACUCCAUGAAAAAAGCUUACUCUUCUGCUUUGCCCCAACACAUGGAACUCCUUAGAACUGACUGACUGACUGACUGACUGUCUGUGUUUUUCCGUUCUUGGAGGUUCGGAGGCCGGCAAAUCCACGCCAGCGAGGACGACGGCUUGGUCAACCACGCGCGGGUCCGCGAUCUCCAGGCUGAUGACAGUCGGCUGGAGCAGUUUGGCGCUGAGCUUGAGGCUGACUGA